AUGUAUCAUGUCAAUAGAAAUUCGAAAAAAUAUUUUGCAGGAUAUACUGAAGCGGACGCUGAAAUUGAGAACGAUGCUUUAGGACUGACUGGCCAAAAAAGUGUGCAUAAUAGUUUCAUUAAACCUGCAUUACACAUUGUUGACAAAGAGACGAUAGUUUACGGAAACAACAUGUCCCCUGCCCGUGUUGGUAACCCAAGCGGACGGAGACCUGGACGCCCAAG